GUUUUUUUGUAUUAUUAUCUAAAUUAUCGUCCACUUUUUCUCGAUUUUCCUCCAAAUUUCCUUUCCAUCCAAACAACAGACUAUCUUUCCCGUCUCUGCAUUUACGUUCUAUUUUUUUUUUUAGAUUUAUUUAAAAAAAAAAACUAAAGGGAUUUGAGUUCGUGUGGAUUUGAAGUACUUUCUUGAGCAUAUAUGGACCGUGCUGAACUAUCCACUGAACAGGUUCUGAAGAGGGACAUCCCAUGGGAAACAUACAUGACGACUAAGCUGAUUUCUGGAACAGGCCUGCAGCUGUUAAGGCGUUAUGAUAAUAGAGCUGAAAGUGUCAGGGCACAGUUGUUGGAUGAUGAUGGUCCAGCCUAUGUUCAAGUGUUUGUUAACAUCUUACGUGAUAUCUUUAAAGAAGAAACAGUGGAAUAUGUUCUGGCUUUAAUUGAUGAAAUGCUUGCAGCCAAUCUGAAACGAGCCAGAUUAUUUCAUGACAAGUCUCUUGCUAAUGAAGAUACUUAUGAACCUUUCCUAAGGUUGCUCUGGAAAGGCAACUGGUUCAUACAAGAAAAGAGCUGCAAGAUACUUGCCUUGAUAGUAAGUGCAAGGCCAAAAACCCAGGAUGGCGUUGUUGCAAAUGGAGAAAAUUCAAAGAAGAAGGGCACUACCAUUAAUGAUGUACUAAAGGAAUUGGUUGAAUGGCUGUGCACACAGCUGAAGAAGCCUUCCCAUCCUACUUGUGGUAUUCCAACUGCUAUUAACUGCCUUGCAUCAUUACUGAAGGAACCUGUUGUCAGAUCUUCCUUUGUUCAAGCAGAUGGGGUGAAGUUACUGAUUCCUUUAAUUACUCCGGCAUCUACCCAGCAAUCUAUCCAGCUUCUCUAUGAAACAUGCCUCUGCGUGUGGCUGUUAUCUUAUUAUGAGCCAGCAAUCGAGUAUUUAGCAACAUCUAGGGCUCUUCCAAGACUGGUUGAUGUUGUUAGGAGUUCCACAAAGGAGAAGGUUGUCAGGGUUGUUGUAUUGACCUUUAGGAACUUGUUAUCCAAAGGCACAUUCGGUGCUCAGAUGGUUGACCUUGGACUGCCGCAGAUUGUUCAGAGUUUGAAAGCACAAGCCUGGAGUGAUGAGGAUCUAUUGGAGGCUCUCAAUCACCUGGAAGAUGGGUUGAAGGAUAACAUUAAGAAACUGAGUUCCUUCGAUAAAUAUAAGCAAGAAGUUCUCCUUGGUCAUCUUGAUUGGUCACCCAUGCAUAAAGAUCCAUUGUUUUGGCGGGAUAAUGUUUCAUGCUUUGAAGAGAAUGAUUUCCAGGUUCUAAGGAUCCUCAUUACAAUUAUGGAGACAUCCAGUGACCCAAGAGCUCUGGCUGUUGCUUGCUUCGAUCUCUCACAAUUUAUUCAGCACCAUCCUGCUGGCCGGGUGAUAGUAAACGACCUCAAGGCAAAGGAGCGGGUGAUGAAGUUGAUGAACCACGACAGUGCAGAGGUUACCAAGAAUGCCUUGCUCUGCAUCCAGAGGCUUUUCCUAGGUGCCAAAUAUGCUAGCUUUUUGCAGGCGUAGUUUUGCUUCAUCGUGCUCUGUCAUGUCUCAUCGGAUGGUAAGUAAAUUAUGCUUUGUAGGAGUUUUAUAUUCUCGUUCAAGUUCAGUCGGGAUGGCUGAUAUUUCUAUCGGAUAUUUCAUUGCGAACAUGUCUAAGGAAGAAUUGUUUUGAUUCUUUUGUCAAAAAAAACCUUCAAAAUUAGUGUUUUUAAAAUUUUGAGUUGUGGUGGGUGUAGAAUAAAAUGUAUGCAGUCCUUGCCCUAUUUUUAAAAUAAACUGCAUUACAAUGAACAACUUAUUUUUAGCUUGAA